GAAAAAUCUGUCACUACACAGAGUAAUGAGUUAGAAGUGGAUACAGGUUGGCCUGAAGGGGAGACGUUUGAUUCUUCCCUACACUUUUCCCAGAACCACCCACAUGAGCUGUUACUUUGAGGACUAUAAUUUUGUUUCCUCUGCCUCAAGUCUGGACAUAUCACUCAGUCAUCUUUCAGAGCGGCUGUCUAGUCAUUGACAGAAACCCUCACAGAGUGUUUUGUUCUUUGGAAACCACCGGAGAUAUCCUCAGCGUUUGUGGCAGACGGUGGUCACACCUGCUGCAAAAGCAACAUGUCCAAGGAGGUGAAGCCAGAGAGUGUGUCCCUGAAUGCUCUCGGCACAGCAGCUGCCCCAGAGUCCGAGCUGUUGUGUAUCUAUGGGACGGGGGACCUGGGUCGCUCACUGGGACUGCGUCUGCUCCAGUCUGGCUACAGGGUGGUCUAUGGCAGCCGCAGACCACAGAGCUGUGGUCCCUUGCCUCAGGGAGCUCAGGUGAUGAGCCAUGCAGCGGCAUCUCAGUCAGCUGGUCUGGUGUUUAUUUGCAUUCACAGAGAACACUAUGAAUUCCUCGAGGCUCUCGCACCUCAGCUCAAGGGGAAGGUGCUGGUGGACGUCAGCAACAACCUCAAGAAGAAUAUAUAUCCGGAGGCCAAUGCUGAGUACCUGCAGAGGCUGGUCCCCGGAGCUCAUGUGGUGAAAGGUUUUAACACUUUGUCUGCCUGGGCUCUGCAGAACGGACCGACAGAUGCCAACAGACAGGUUUACCUGUGUGGAAACAGUGCUGAGGCAAAGCAGGCAGUGGCAGAGGCAGCCACCAAAUUGGGCUUCUCAGUUCUGGAUAGAGGGUCCCUGUCUGCAGCCAGAGAACUGGAGGACUUCCCCCUGCAGCUGUUCCCUGAGUGGAGGCUGCCUCUCCGCGUGGCCGUCGGCCUCACCGCCUUCUUCUUCUUCUACGUCCUCCUCAGAGACGUCGUCUACACGUACGUUUAUGAGGGGAAAGACAUCUCUUUUCGAAUCAUGGUGUCCCUGGCCAACAAGGUGUUUCCCAUUGUGUCUCUCAUCAUGUUGGCUUUGUGCUACCUGCCUGGCGUCAUCGCUGCCGUCCUUCAGCUCUACAGAGGAACCAAAUACAAGCGUUUCCCUAACUGGCUGGAUCGCUGGAUGCUGUGCAGAAAACAGCUGGGAUUACUGGCACUUGGCUUCGCCUUUCUACAUGUGCUCUACACCCUCGUCAUCCCCAUUAGAUAUUAUGUGAGAUUCAGGAUUAGUGCAAGGAUCAUCUCACAGAUCAAGGACAACGAAACGAGCGAGUUUGACAACACUUCAGCCUGGCGUUCGGACUCCUACUACUCUGUGGGGAUCCUGGGAUUCGCGGUUUAUCUCCUGCUGGGAAUAACGUCUCUGCCCUCCGUCAGCAAUGCUCUCAGCUGGAGGGAGUUCAGCUUCGUACAGUCAAAGCUAGGCUACCUCACGGUGUUCCUCUGCACCCUUCACACCUACCUGUAUGGGUGGAACAGGUUCCUUAAAUCCUACGCCUACCAAUGGUACACUCCUCCUGGCUACAUGCUCAGCCUUGUGUUGCCAUCUGUGGUGUUGGUGCUCAAGCUGUUGCUCAUGCUGCCCUGCGUGGACCGCACCCUCACCCGCAUUCGACAGGGCUGGGAGAGGACAGACCCGGAGGAUGACAGCAAGAAAUCACUGCUCACAUAGGACUAUCGCAAUUACGGACACAAGACCUUGCUCUGCACGGAAAACGCAGACACAAAGACGCCACAGUGACUUGCCUUGCAAAAGUUCUCUCAUCAGGUUACUAUAGCUUGCUGUUGUGCAUGUCGUGGAUCUGACACUAUACUCUCUUUUUGUUGCGUUCUGUUGUUAACAAAGCCAACAGACAAAACAAUCUCUCUAUAUGUACUCGUGUUGGAGUUUUUCAAUUUUGUUCACAAAUGCAUGACAGGAUGGCAUUGUGUGUUGUUUCAUUAUUCAUUCCAACGCCUUGGACCUACGUAUAUAAUCAGACACGUCGAAGCAUCUAUGCCCUUCACCUUUGUUAUAUCAUGUCUUUAGCAUGCCUUGUGUACUCGUCCUUUAAAUGAAGCGACUCAUUCAACAUCAGCAGCAACAGCUUGAACAUAUCUGAGAUUUAUAUCUGGGUUUCUCAACAACCUACAAUCUACAGUUUAUUGGCUUGUUUUUUUUCUGUAAAUUGUGAUUUGUAUUUCUAUAUUUGGUUCGCACUACAGUACCUGGAAAUGUUCUCCGAAAUAAACUUCACUGAGCAGCGUU